UAUUUCCACUAGUUUUGCACCACCAUCAUCAGAUAAGUAGCCCAAACAUGUCUACCAAACACCUGCUAGUGUUGUUCCUUGCAGUGGUGGUUCUCACCACUUCCUCCUUCGCCGACCACCACAAACCACCGUCGGAGCACAAGCCACCAUCAACCGUAGAAGAUGGUAAGAAACCUCCCAUGGGAGCAAAGCCACCUCCAAAACACAAACCACCAACCCCUCAAGAUGUUGAAAUAGAAGACGGUAAAAAACCAACACCACCACCAAAGAAGAAACCACCAACCCCUGAAUAUAUUGAAGUAGAAGAUGGUAAGAAACCAACACCACCACCAAAGAGGAAGCCACCAACCCCUGAAUAUAUUGAAGUAGAAGAUGGUAAGAAACCAACACCACCACCAAAGAAGAAACCACCAAGCCCUAAAUAUAUUGAAGUAGAAGAUGGUAAGAAACCAACACCACCACCAAAGAAGAAGCCACCAACCCCUGAAAAUGUUGAAGUAGUAGAAGAUGGUAAGAAACCUCCCAAGGGAGAAAAGCCGCCGCCGAAGCACAAGCCACCAACAGCUGCAGUGGAGGAGGAGGUUGAAGAUGCAACCAAGCCACCCACUGGAAAGAGUCCUCCUAAGAAGCCUCCACCAACCAGUUCCAACUGAGAGGCUUGCUUCGUUAAGAUGGUUGCAUUCUAGAUUAAAUAAAAGACCAGUUUGUAUACUGGUUAAUAUGCUUCAUUGUGAGUCAAGUAUUUCUGUGAAUCAGUUGUAUGAAUAGUUGGAAUGUUCAUGUGGUUGUCUAGUCAUUGUAAUGUUUGACUUUGCUAGUAGCUAAUGGGCAUGCAUGCAACAAUUUGUUUGUGCUAAUCAUGCAAGGCAUUGAAUAUCAUAUGUAUGAAUAUUCAGUUUGUGGAACCAACAUUGUCAUAUUGUUUCUGAAUGCAAAAAUCAUUUUGUUCA